AGGCUGGAAAGAAAGGAGGGUUAAGCCCCCUGCCCCUCACGAAAAGAGCCCGACCCGCAAGCUCCGCGGGGUAGGGGCGCGUCCCGCAGGCUCCACCCCGCUAUGACAUGGCGGCCAGGGGAGGGGCGGCGGCCGGGGACCCGGCAGGGAGCGGGGCCCCGCUGCCCGGUGCGGCAUGGCGCGACCUACCGCUCGCCCUGGCCGGUCCAUGAGGGUGCUGGCGCUUCUCUGCUGCCUGCUGCGGGCGGGCAGCGCCGCCCUCCUGGCGCCUGCAGGCACCCGGCUUGGGGAGGAGGGUGGCGGCGGCGGCGGUCAGGGCCGCCCUCCGUGGGACGGAGGCGGCCGGGAGAAAGAAGCGGCGGCGGCCCUCCGGGAAAGUGCUAAAAGAAUUAUAUUACUGAAUUCAUCAUCAAAAGAUAAUGCGACUGCUUUCUAUGGAAUAAAUCAGUUUUCUCACCUGUUUCCUGAAGAGUUCAAAGCUAUUUAUUUAAGAAGCAUACCUCACAAACUUCCCAGAUACAUAAAAGUGCCAAAGGGAGAGGAAAAACCUUUGCCGAAGAAGUUUGACUGGAGGGACAAGAAAGUCAUUGCAGAAGUGAGAAAUCAGCAAACAUGUGGAGGCUGCUGGGCUUUCAGCGUUGUGGGUGGUAUACAGUCUGCCUAUGCAAUUAAAGGAAAUAACCUGGAAGAACUCAGCGUACAGCAGGUUAUUGACUGUUCAUACACUAAUUAUGGCUGCAGCGGGGGAUCUACUGUUAGUGCUUUGAACUGGCUGAACCAGACAAAAGUAAAACUCGUGAGGGAUUCAGAAUACACUUUUAAAGCUCAGACAGGACUGUGCCAUUAUUUUGGUCACUCAGAUUUUGGAGUUUCAAUAAGAGGAUUUGCUGCAUAUGACUUCAGUGGUCAAGAAGAAGAAAUGAUGAGGAUGCUUGUUAACUGGGGCCCUUUGGCAGUAACAGUAGAUGCGGUUAGCUGGCAGGAUUAUCUUGGAGGGAUCAUACAAUAUCACUGCUCCAGUGGCAGAGCAAAUCAUGCUGUUCUUAUCACUGGUUUUGACAGAACAGGUAGUAUCCCUUACUGGAUUGUACAGAACUCUUGGGGGCCUACAUGGGGAAUAGAUGGCUACGUUCGUGUUAAGAUAGGUGGCAAUGUCUGUGGUAUAGCAGAUACAGUUUCAUCAGUAUUUGUUUGACACUUACUGGCCAAAGACCACAAGUAUCAUUUGGAUACACACUGUAUGUGAAGAUUUACUUCAAAACAACAUUUUCUAAAACAAGAAAUUGCUGUAAGGGCAAUUUCUGCUUUUAGGCAGUACAGGAACGAUUUGGCUGGAGUUUUUAAAAACGUUUUUAUUUGGAAUGUGUGUUGUACAUCAAAUCUCUCAUGGGAUAAGAAGACUCGGAAUCAACUGCAGAGUACACAAAGAGAAGUUACAAAGAUGGACUGAAACUGCGAGUGAGAACUCUAUCCAAGUGUUGAAUACUGCUCCAUAAAAAAAAAUCUUACAAGGAAAGAAAUGAUGACAAAUGAUAAGGAAUUUGGAUCAAAUAAUCAGUAUUAUGACAGAGUAUAAUUUAAAUGCUUUGAAUAUAAGAACCACUAUGAUUAGGUCUGCAUUUAUUGGGCCAGGAGGAAGGGCAGUUGGAAGAAAAUAUUCUAUUAUUCUUUGAUACUUGGCUUUCCUAGCACCUCUGACAGACAGACACAUUUUGUCUUCCUCUUUUUUGCGAAAUCCUACUUUUUCUCUGAAGUUAGAAGAGUAGAGGAGGGAAAUGGGUAGUCAGAACUGUUUCCCAAGUGUCUCUGAAGUGCUGCAGUCCUUCAGUUUCCGUCUUCAGACCUUUAUUGGGUAAAUGUAACUUCAAAGCUCUUCAGUGCAGGGACCAUGUUUUAGAAAGUGCCUGAAAUAUCAGUGUCUUCUGCAUUCUGUUGUUAGAUGGUUAGAAAAGUAAGAAGUAACUGUAUUUAGACAAAUGGAGGCAGUUCUAGUGGUUUAACAUCCUGUGUCCUGUCAGGAUGUAUGUCUGCAAAUCAGGCUUACCAUGCUUUGAGAGCUGUGUCAGUUCCAUGCCUUCUCUCUACUUCUCAACUAACAGUGAAGCCAGUUGCAGAGCAAAAAUUAAAAAACUUAUUUAUUAUAGAAAAAAUGGUGAGGGUGCAGUUUGUUAAUAUAUAUUUGCCACCUUUAGAAAGUCAGCAAUUACAGAAUACUCCAAAUAGAGUGGGUGUUAAAUUUCCCUACGUUAAUUGAAUUCAUAGGUGGGACUUGCUGGGAAUCAAAAAGGGGUUCCAGUUUUGCUGACCUGUAACACUGCAGUUGCAGGCAAAUGUAGCUAGAAUUCAUAACCAAACAUGUAAUUCAAAAAUGCUCUGAAUCUUUCAUUUGGAAUGCUUUACCUGUAUCUUUUAUGAAGCACUACUAUGAAAAGUGUUGAAGCAAUUCUGUUAUUUUUGCACUCCAUUACUGUUCCAUGUUAAUAGAUCAGUGUAUUGUAACCUUUUUAUGAGAAAUGCAAUAAGUGUUCAUAACUGUCUAUUGUAAGUAUUGCCAUUUUAGUCCUGCUUCUAAGUGUUACUAUUUUAAAUGAAAGGAAGACCAAGUCCGAUGUUUCACUACUUCAGGUUCUGCUACUUACUGAAUUUACUGGCUGAAAACUUCAGAUUAACAAAAGAGGAAGUCGUCUGUAGUCUUAUAGUCUUCUGUAGUAUGGCCUAUCCCUUAGCAGCUUACAAACAACAAAUAGCACACUUCCAUAACUGGAAAACAAUAGCCAAAGUUCCUAAUUGCAAUUGAUAAGAGUAAUGUUGUUAUAUCAAACGCAGAUGUUCCACCAGUGUUUUUGAGGUGGUACGACCAGGCGUAAGUACCUAAAGUACUAAGGUACAGAGCAACUCACCAGAAAUUAAAGCCUACAGCAUGUGUGUAUUUCCAAGGGAAGCGUUUAAAAAGACAAGAGGCCAUCUAAUGAGAUGGUGACAUGGCUUUAUCAAUAUUCUGUGGCCAAAUUUGCUUCACUUUUAUUAUAUAUCAAUUUUAUCCUUAUUUCAAUGAUAUUUUGAAUAAAAAACACUUCAAAUGCC